ACACAGUUUAAGGGUCCUGCUCCUAAAGAAACCAAAGACACAGAUAUUAUCGAUGAGGCCAUCUACUACUUCAAAGCCAAUGUUUUCUUCAAGAACUAUGAAAUUAAGAAUGAGGCAGAUCGAACUUUGAUCUACACCACUCUUUACAUCUCUGAAUGCCUCAAGAAGCUCCAGAAGUGCAGUUCAAGGGGUCAAGGAGAGAAGGAGAUGUACACGCUGGGAAUUACCAACUUUCCCAUCCCUGGAGAACCUGGCUUCCCUCUGAAUGCCAUGUAUGCUAAACCCUCUAACAAACAGGAGGAUGAAACGAUGAGAGCUUACCUGCAACAGAUCCGACAGGAGACGGGACUGAGAUUGUGUGACCGUGUGUUCGACCCUCAGACAGACAAACCAAGCAAGGUGAGGCAUAUUGAAAUAUUAUUUAUCAGUCAAAUCAAGGUGAUUGACAAAAGCAAGAGAGGUAUUUAUAG